CCUCAUUUACCUGCAGUAUCUGAUAACAUAAAUGAAGUGGAAUUUCAUGCAAAGGAUUAUGAUCGGAUGCUAACAGUCAUAUCAAGAGAAGGAGAAAAAAUUCAAUUGGAUACCCCAGUCAUGGCCAAAGGUCCAGUGGAGAUUUGGCUUCUGGACUUGUUAAGAAUGCAAAUGUCUUCACUACACAAUGUCAUUCGAUUAGCAUACUAUCAAAUUAGUGACACUGGUUUCCAACUCUUACCUUUCCUAUUCCAUUUUCCAGCACAGGUAGGACUGCUGGGAAUUCAAAUGUUGUGGACACAUGAUGCAGAAGAUGCCUUAAAUAAUGCAAAAGAUGACAGGAAAAUUAUGCAAGUGACCAAUCAGAAAUUUUUGGAUAUUUUAAAUGUUCUCAUUAGUCAGACAACUCAUGAUCUGACCAAGUUUGAUAGAGUGAAAUUUGAAACCCUAAUUACUAUCCAUGUACACCAGAGAGAUAUCUUUGAUGACUUGGUAAAAAUGCAUAUCAAAUCACCUACAGAUUUUGAAUGGCUAAAGCAGAGCAGAUUUUAUUUUAAGGAAGAUUUGGACCAAACUGUAGUUUCCAUUACAGAUGUUGAUUUUGUCUACCAGAAUGAAUUUCUUGGAUGUACUGAUCGUCUAGUUAUUACCCCGUUAACAGAUAGGUGCUAUAUCACAUUAGCUCAGGCUUUGGGGAUGAACAUGGGAGGAGCACCAGCAGGACCAGCAGGAACUGGCAAAACAGAAACAACAAAAGACAUGGGGCGAUGCUUGGGAAAAUAUGUGGUGGUUUUUAAUUGUUCAGAUCAAAUGGAUUUCAGAGGCUUAGGACGGAUUUUUAAAGGUCUAGCACAGUCUGGUUCCUGGGGAUGCUUUGAUGAAUUUAACAGAAUUGAGUUGCCUGUAUUAUCAGUGGCUGCUCAACAGAUUUACAUUGUUUUGACAGCAAGAAAAGAGAGGAAAAAACAGUUUAUUUUUUCUGAUGGUGAUUGUGUUGAUUUAAAUCCAGAAUUUGGAAUCUUUUUAACAAUGAACCCUGGAUAUGCUGGACGCCAAGAGCUACCGGAAAACUUAAAAAUUCAGUUUCGAACAGUUGCUAUGAUGGUACCUGACAGACAGAUAAUUAUGAGAGUGAAGCUUGCAAGCUGUGGGUUUCUUGAAAAUGUCAUCUUAGCUCAGAAAUUCUUUGUUCUUUACAAGCUUUGCGAGGAGCAGCUUACAAAACAGGUUCACUAUGACUUUGGUCUAAGAAAUAUCUUGUCAGUGUUGAGGACUCUUGGGGCUCAAAAAAGAGCCAGACCAGAAGACAGUGAGCCAAGCACUGUUAUGAGAGGCCUAAGAGAUAUGAACCUCUCUAAGUUGAUUGAUGAAGAUGAGCCCCUUUUCCUCAGUUUAAUCAAUGACCUGUUUCCAGGAUUGCAACUAGAUAGCAGUACCUAUGUGGAACUGCAACAUGCAGUAAGUAAUCAGGUUGAAGAAGAAGGGUUAAUUAACCACCCACCCUGGAAUCUUAAACUUGUACAGUUGUAUGAGACAUCUCUAGUACGUCAUGGAUUGAUGACCCUUGGACCCAGUGGUUCUGGAAAGACCACUGUUAUAACAAUUCUGAUGAAGGCAAUGACAGAGUGUGGACGUCCUCACAGAGAGAUGCGUAUGAAUCCAAAAGCUAUUACAGCUCCCCAGAUGUUUGGCAGACUGGACACAACAACUAAUGACUGGACAGAUGGAAUUUUUUCUACUUUAUGGAGAAAAACCUUAAAAGCUAAAAAGGGAGAAAAUAUCUUCCUGGUUUUAGAUGGGCCUGUCGAUGCCAUUUGGAUUGAGAACUUAAAUUCUGUGUUGGAUGACAAUAAAACUCUCACAUUAGCCAAUGGGGAUCGAAUUCCCAUGGCUCCUAGCUGUAAACUGUUAUUCGAAGUACACAACAUUGAGAAUGCCUCUCCUGCCACUGUUUCUAGGAUGGGUAUGGUCUACAUCAGCAGUUCUGCUCUUUCUUGGAGGGCAAUAUUACAGGCAUGGCUUAAAAAGCGCAGUCCACAGGAAUCUACUGUAAUACUUGAGAUGUAUGACAAAGUGUUUGAAGAUGCAUAUACAUAUAUGACCCUAAAUCUUAAUCCGAAAAUGCAGCUCUUAGAGUGUAACUAUAUUACGCAGUCCCUCAAUCUUCUGGAGGGUUUAAUUCCUUCCAAGGAAGAAGGUGGUGUUGCUUCUAAUGAGCAUAUUCAGAAAUUAUUUGUAUUUGGCAUUAUGUGGAGUUUAGGAGCCCUUCUGGAGUUGGAUAGCAGAGAAAAGCUUGAAUACUUUUUGAGAAGUCAUCAAAGUAAAAUAGAUUUGCCAGACAUUCCAGAAGAAAGUAAUCACACAAUGUAUGAGUUUUUUGUCACUGAUUAUGGUGACUGGGAACAUUGGAACAAAAAAGUUGAACCAUAUAUUUAUCCAACUGACAGUAUUCCAGAAUAUUCAUCAAUUUUGGUUCCGAACGUUGACAAUGUUAGAAGCAAUUUUUUGAUAGAUACAAUAGCAAAACAACACAAAGCAGUUUUGCUCAUAGGAGAACAGGGAACAGCGAAAACUGUUAUGAUUAAAGCGUAUAUGAAAAAGUAUGACCCUGAAGUACAUUUAUCUAAAUGUCUGAACUUUUCAUCUGCCACAGAACCAAUGAUGUUUCAGAGAACAAUUGAAAGUUAUGUGGAUAAGCGAAUGGGAAGCACAUAUGGACCACCAGGAGGAAGAAAAAUGACUGUAUUUAUUGAUGAUAUUAAUAUGCCAGUAAUUAAUGAAUGGGGAGACCAGAUAACUAAUGAGAUUGUAAGACAGAUGAUGGAAAUGAAAGGAAUGUAUAGCUUGGAUAAACCUGGAGACUUCACUACAAUUGUUGAUGUGCAGAUAAUAGCAGCAAUGAUACAUCCAGGAGGGGGUCGAAAUGAUAUUCCACAACGUUUGAAAAGACAGUUUACUGUGUUUAAUUGCACAUUGCCAUCAAAUGCAUCAAUAGACAAAAUAUUUGGAGUAAUUGGAUGUGGCUACUUUGAUGCUUGUAGACAUUUCAAGCCUGAAAUAUGUGAAAUGAUCAUGAAAUUAGUUUCAGCUGGUAGAAUACUAUGGCAAUGGACUAAGGUAAAAAUGCUGCCAACUCCAUCAAAAUUUCAUUACAUCUUCAAUCUUCGAGAUCUCUCCAGAAUUUGGCAAGGAAUGUUAACUAUAAAAGCAGAAGAGUGUGACUCACGUACUGUUCUCCUGUCACUUUUCAAACAUGAGUGCAACAGAGUAAUUGCAGAUAGAUUCAUUUGCACUGAAGAUGAAAUGUGGUUUAACUCACAAAUUGUUCGAGUAAUUGAUGAACAUGUUGACGAAGAUGUAGCAUCACUCCUUCUUCCAGAACCAUACUUUGUAGAUUUUCUUCGUGACAUGCCUGAACCAACUGGUGUUGAACCUGAAGAUGCUGUAUUUGAAGUACCCAAAAUCUAUGAAUUGAUACCAAGUUUCGAAUUUCUGGCUGAAAAACUAAUAUUUUAUCAGAGACAGUUCAAUGAACUUAUUAGAGGAACAAGUCUUGAUUUGGUGUUUUUCAAAGAUGCAAUGAUUCAUCUUAUGAAGAUUUCACGCAUAAUUCGGACAUCAUGUGGAAAUGCCCUGCUUGUAGGUGUUGGUGGUUCAGGAAAACAGAGUCUUUCAAGAUUGGCCUCCUUUAUAGCUGGAUAUCGAAUAUUCCAGAUAACUCUGACUAGGUCCUAUAAUGUGUCCAAUCUGACAGAUGACUUGAAGGGAUUGUACCAUGUUGCUGGAGCUGAAGGAAAAGGAAUCACAUUUAUCUUUACUGACAAUGAAAUAAAAGAUGAGGCAUUUCUGGAAUAUCUUAACAACUUGCUAUCUUCAGGAGAGAUCUCUAAUUUAUUUGCUCGGGAUGAGUUGGAUGAGAUUACUCAAGGACUAGUAGCAGUGAUGAAAAAGGAAAUGCCUCGUCACCCUCCUACCUUUGAUAAUCUUUAUGAGUAUUUCAUAGCACGAUCACGGAAGAAUUUGCAUGUUGUUCUCUGCUUUUCUCCAGUUGGUGAGAAGUUUCGUGCCCGUUCUUUGAAAUUCCCUGGCCUUAUAUCAGGUUGCACUAUGGAUUGGUUUAGUCGCUGGCCUAGGGAGGCUUUGGUUGCUGUAGCCUCCUAUUUCCUUUUGGAAUAUAAUAUUGUCUGUUCUCAUGAAACUAAAAAACAAGUUGUAGAAACAAUGGGUCUUUUUCAUGAUAUGGUUUCAGAAGGCUGCGAGAACUACUUCCAAAGGUAUAGACGAAGAGCACAUGUGACUCCCAAAUCUUAUCUCUCUUUUGUAAAUGGCUAUAAAAAUAUCUAUGCUGAAAAGUUGAAAUACAUUAAUGAACAAGCUGAACGAAUGAACAUAGGGCUAAGUAAGCUGAUGGAAGCAAGUGAAUCUGUUGCUCAGCUAUCACAAGAUCUUGCAAUAAAGGAGAAGGAAUUAGAAGUGGCUUCUGUAAAGGCAGAUCAAGUGCUAGCAGAAGUCACUGUAAGUGCCCAAGCAUCAGCCAAAGUGAAAAAUGAAGUUCAAGAGGUGAAAGACAAAGCCCAAAAAAUUGUAGAUGAAAUUGACAGUGAGAAAGUAAAGGCUGAGUCCAAGCUAGAGGCAGCCAAGCCAGCUUUAGAAGAAGCAGAAGCAGCCCUGAAUACUAUCAAACCAAAUGAUAUAGCUACAGUCAGGAAGCUUGCAAAACCUCCUCAUCUCAUUAUGAGAAUCAUGGAUUGUUGUCUGUUGUUAUUCCAAAAGAAGAUUGACCCUGUCACAAUGGAUCCUGAAAAGCCUUGCUGCAAACCGUCCUGGGGAGAGUCAUUGAAAUUGAUGAGCGGGGCCGGAUUCUUACAGAGUCUACAGCAGUUCCCAAAGGACACUAUUAAUGAAGAGACAGUAGAGCUAUUACAGCCAUAUUUUAAUAUGGAUGAUUAUACUUUUGAGAAUGGUAAAAAGGUCUGCGGUAAUGUUGCUGGUUUGCUGUCUUGGACACUUGCUAUGGCAACUUUUUUUGGAAUUAACAAGGAGGUGUUGCCUCUGAAGGCUAAUUUGGCAAAGCAAGAAGGGCGCUUGGCAGUGGCUAAUGCUGAAUUAGGGAAGGCUCAGGCAUUGCUGGAUGAAAAGCAAGCUGAGUUAGAUAAAGUGCAAGCAAAAUUUGAUGCAGCCAUGAAUGAGAAAAUGGACUUGUUGAAUGAUGCAGAAUCAUGCCGGAGAAAGAUGCAGGCAGCAUCAGCCCUUAUCGAUGGACUGAGUGGAGAAAAAGUCAGAUGGACUCAGCAAAGCAAAGAAUUCAAAGCUCAGAUUAACAGACUUGUAGGAGAUGUGCUGCUGUGUACUGGUUUCCUAUCCUACCUUGGUCCUUUCAAUCAGACCUUCAGGAUUCUUUUGCUUAAAGAACAAUGGGAAGUAGAGAUGAGAAUUCGGAAAAUUCCAUUCACUGAAAACUUAAACUUGAUUUCCAUGUUGGUGGAUCCUCCAACAAUUGGUGAAUGGGGACUGCAGGGACUGCCUGGAGAUGACCUCUCAAUUCAAAAUGGUAUCAUUGUAACUAAAGCGACUCGAUAUCCACUGUUGAUAGACCCACAAACCCAAGGCAAAACUUGGAUUAAAUCAAAAGAAAAAGACUUUGAUUUACAGGUGACAUCUCUGAAUCAUAAAUAUUUCCGAACACACUUAGAGGACGCCCUUUCAUUGGGACGACCCUUACUCAUUGAGGAUAUACGUGAAGAGCUGGAUCCAGCUUUGGAUAAUGUAUUAGAGAAGAAUUUCAUUAAAGCAGGAACCACUUACAAGGUCAAAGUUGGUGACAAAGAAUGUGAAAUCAUGGAUUCGUUUAAACUUUAUAUUACAACGAAGCUACCAAACCCUGCAUUCACACCUGAAAUUAAUGCUAAAACAUCCGUCAUUGAUUUUACCGUUACAAUGAAAGGACUGGAGAAUCAGUUACUGAGAAGAGUAAUUCUUACAGAGAAACAGGAACUGGAGUCAGAGAGAGUUAAACUUAUGGAAGAUGUUACUUUUAAUAAGAGGAAGAUGAAAGAACUAGAAGAUAACCUACUGUAUAAACUAAGUGCAACAAAAGGUUCUUUGGUGGACGAUGAAUCUCUCAUUGGUGUUCUCCGGACAACCAAGCAAACAGCUGCUGAAGUAAGUGAAAAGCUGCAUGUGGCAGCAGAAACAGAGAUCAAGAUAAAUAAUGCUCAGGAAGAGUUUCGACCAGCUGCUACACGAGGGAGCAUUCUCUACUUUCUUAUCACAGAAAUGAGUAUGGUCAAUAUCAUGUACCAGACAUCCUUGGCACAAUUCUUGAAGUUAUUUGAUCAAUCCAUGGCCAGGUCUGAAAAGUCUCCCUUGCCUCAAAAGAGAAUUGUAAAUAUUAUUGAGUUUCUGACUCAUGAAGUUUUUGUGUACUCAGUCAGAGGCCUAUAUGAAAACCACAAAUUCCUUUUUGCCCUCCUUAUGACCUUAAAGAUUGAUCUUCAAAGAGGAACAGUUAAACAUAAAGAAUUUCAGGCCCUUAUUAAAGGAGGAGCAGCCUUGGAUCUCAAAGCCUGUCCUCCCAAACCCUUUAGAUGGAUUCUUGAUAUGACUUGGCUAAAUCUUGUGGAACUGAGUAAAUUACCACAAUUUGCAGAAAUUAUGAAUCAGAUAGCUCGUAAUGAGAAGGGAUGGAAAAACUGGUUUGACAAAGAUGCUCCUGAGGAGGAAAUCAUUCCUGAUGGAUAUAAUGAUUCACUAGAUACUUAUCGCAAACUUUUGCUUAUCAGGUCCUGGUGCCCAGAUCGUACAGUUUUCCAAGCAAGGAAAUAUAUUGCAGAUUCUUUAGAAGAGAAAUACACAGAACCAGUGAUCUUAAACCUUGAGAAAACUUGGGAAGAAAGUGACACACGAACACCUCUCAUAUGUUUCCUGUCCAUGGGAUCUGAUCCAACUAAUCAAAUUGAUGCACUUGCUAAAAAGCUUAAACUGGAAUGCAGAACAAUCUCUAUGGGCCAAGGUCAAGAAGUUCAUGCUCGCAAACUGGUACAGAUGUCGAUGCAACAGGGUGGCUGGGUAUUACUUCAGAACUGUCAUCUUGGCCUAGAGUUCAUGGAAGAAUUGUUAGAAACACUGCUUACCACCGAAGCUAGUAAUGAGACUUUCCGAGUCUGGAUAACUACCGAAGUGCAUGAAAAAUUUCCAAUCACAUUGUUACAGACUUCUAUAAAGUUCACUAAUGAACCACCCCAAGGGGUACGUGCAGGUUUGAAAAGAACAUUUGCGGGAAUUAAUCAAGACCUCCUUGAUGUCAGCAAUUUGCCCAUGUGGAAGCCAAUGCUGUACACCGUGGCUUUUUUACACUCCACUGUACAGGAACGACGCAAGUUUGGUCCCUUAGGGUGGAAUAUUCCUUAUGAGUUUAAUUCAGCUGACUUUACUGCAAGUGUUCAGUUUAUACAGAACCACCUUGAUGAAUGUGAUAUCAAGAAAGGAGUAUCAUGGACUACAGUACGCUACAUGAUUGGAGAAGUACAAUAUGGAGGCAGAGUCACAGAUGAUUUUGAUAAACGUCUACUUAAUUGCUUUGCUCGUGUUUGGUUCAGUGAAAAGAUGUUCGAACCAACAUUUUGUUUUUAUACGGGUUACAAAAUCCCGGUCUGCAAAACUUUGGAACAAUACUUCGAAUAUAUACAGUCACUCCCUUCAAUGGACAAUCCUGAAGUUUUUGGUCUCCAUCCUAAUGCUGAUAUCACGUAUCAAAGUAACACUGCUUCUGAUGUUCUGGAAACUAUUACCAACAUUCAACCAAAAGAAAGUGGAGGAGGAGCAGGAGAAACUCGAGAAGCUAUAGUUUACAGACUAGCUGAAGAUAUGCUCAGCAAACUGCCUCCUGAUUAUAUACCCCAUGAGGUGAAAGCUCGCCUGCAGAAGAUGGGACCUCUUAAUUCUAUGAACAUAUUCCUUAGACAAGAAAUUGACAGAAUGCAAAAAGUCAUCACAAGACUUCGGAUCAGCCUGAGUGAUUUAAAAUUAGCCAUUGAAGGGACUAUCAUCAUGAGUGAGAAUUUGAGAGAUGCUCUUGAUAACAUGUACGAUGCCCGUAUCCCUGCAUUAUGGAAAAGAAUAUCCUGGGAUUCUUCAACACUUGGGUUCUGGUUUACUGAACUUCUGGAAAGGAAUUCUCAAUUUUCUUUCUGGAUAUUUGAAGGAAGGCCAAACGUAUUUUGGAUGACUGGUUUCUUUAAUCCCCAAGGAUUUCUCACAGCAAUGAGGCAAGAAGUGACUCGAGCCCACAAGGGCUGGGCCUUGGAUUCAGUGACAAUCCACAACGAUGUACUGAGACAAACAAAAGAAGAGAUCACAGUGCCACCUUUGGAAGGAGUAUACAUUCAUGGACUGUAUUUAGAUGGAGCUGCCUGGGACAGGAGGAAUGGCAAACUCACUGAAUCAACCCCAAAGGUCCUCUUCACACAGCUUCCAGUGCUCCAUAUAUUCGCUAUCAACUCCACAGCUCCCAAGGACCCCAAACUCUAUGUGUGUCCUAUUUACAAGAAACCACGGAGGACAGAUCUAACCUUCAUCACAGUGGUAUAUUUGAGGACCAUCCUGUCCCCAGACCACUGGAUUCUGAGAGGAGUGGCCCUCUUGUGUGAUAUCAAGUAAAUUCUGUCCCAGCCACAGCAAGGUCUUCAUCCCUGCUGAUGGCACUGAACCACAUGACUUCCCAGUUCUGUUGGUUUUCUUUAGAGAAUGUGAUGUUUUAUUUUAAAUUAUGAUAAUAAUUAUUUCCUUCUAUGAUAUCCGUAUUGCACUUUUAAAAUACCAUAUUGACUGGUUGGCAUUCCGUACUCUACUUUUUUUUUUCCAGCAACAAUAUCCAACAUGCAAAUUCUAACUUUGCUUUUUUUUUAUUUCUAAGAAUCAGUGGAGGCAUUCAUUCCACUGUAAUGAGUUUUAUAAAGAUGGAUCUAUCUUUAACUUAGAGGGUUUUUAUUAAGUAUGAUUUGAAAGAGCUAAAAACCAGGUAAUGACUUAUUCAGUUCCAAAAUUAACUUUCA